AUUAGGAAGUGAAAAAAACAAAAUAAAAUGGCUACACAUAUGAAUGGAUAGGGAGCGGAACACGUAGGGAACACUAAAAAACACCGGAGAUGGCGUCCCCAGCUCUGUUACCCAACAAUGGUGGCUGCCUUCUCUCGACUCCAUUCUCUUCCUUUUCAAAUAUUAGUAGCUCUGCAACAAUCUUGAGGUCGGGAUGGAGAAAACACCCAAAUGCAAACAUGGUUUCCCACAGAACCAGGGGACAAGCAAUUCAAGUAUUGGCCAAUCCCAAUGUGUCUCCGAGGAAGGGAUCCAAAAAAGAGGUGAUCAUGGUUGACCCUUUGGAAGCGAAGCGAUUAGCUGCCCAACAGAUGGCAACAAUAAAAGCUAAAGAGAAGUUCAAGAGGCAGCGCCAAAUUGAAGCAAUUAAUGGAGCAUGGGCUAUGAUUGGCCUUACGGUGGGUUUAGUCAUUGAAGGUCAAACUGGAAAGCCUAUCCUAACUCAGUUGGCUGAUUAUUGGAAUUCUAUUGUCCAUAUUUUUGUGCGGUAGAGAUUUCUGUUCAUCAGUAAAUUGAAGGAAUUCAAGAUUCAUUACACAUGCAUCAUUCUUGGAACAUUUUUAUGACAUGCCUAUACAUAUGAUAUGAUGUAUACUUUUAACUGUUAAAAAUUUACAUUCUUUGGACUUGAGAAUGAACUUGGUCCAGGAGAUUCUUAAUAUAAAUAAUUUUGUUUUGAGAUGGA